UUUUAACAUUGCAUAUGCCUAACAUUAUGUGAUAAUACUAAUCACACUCAUAUUGCCUUUCUCUUUCAGUUUAUGAAGAAAUGGCGCCCAGGAAGGUAGGACGGAAGCGGAAGGCCCUGCAGGUGUCAAAAGGUGGACCAUCUGCAAAGAUCCCAAUUUUCCACCAGUCACCACUGGUUGGUGGAGCCUCCGCCCCAGCCCCAACCCCAUCUAGCCCUGCUGCUCCAUCCACCCCUCCUGCCCCAUCCGGCCCUGCUGCUCCAUCCACCCCUCCUGCCCCAUCCGGCCCUGCUGCUCCAUCCACCCCUCCUGCCCCAUCCGGCCCUGCUGCUCCAUCCACCCCUCCUGCCCCAUCCGGCCCUGCUGCUCCAUCCACCCCUCCUGCCCCAUCCGGCCCUGCUGCUCCAUCCACCCCUCCUGCCCCAUCCGGCCCUGCUGCUCCAUCCACCCCUCCUGCUCCACCAAGCCCUACUGCCCCAUCCCAGCCGGCAUUUCAGAAUGUCCACAGCCUGUUGAGGACAUGCUCGGGGCAUCGGAGCAAAAGAUACCAGAUAACGGUGGAGGAGAUCAGGAGGAGGACUGCUCCACCUGAGAGCAUGUCCAUAAACACCCUCACUGCGCUCCUGAGAACCGACAAAAAUUUGAAGAGGGACCUCAGGGAGCAGCUGCAGGAGGUCGGGGUGACUCCGGGCACAGUGACCAAAGUCACCUCACUGUGCUCAAAGCUGUCAGAGGGCGAAGCCAAGGACCUGUGCUCCUCCGUCGGUGCUCUGGCUGCCAGGAGCAUCGAGUUUAAAGAAGUGGCCAUGCUGCCGGCAUCAGACCCCACUGUGGCCACAGGGAGAGCCACGGAGUUCAAACAACAGCUCCAGCACCUCGCCAACCAGGUGAGGUCAAAUGAGCAAUUUGACCUCCUCACGCACACCUUGGGGCCAGGAAUGUCGCUCAGUCUUUCUUUUGUUAAAGACCGUUUUGAAGCGGCCAAAGGCGAGCUGGUGUGUAUGUUUCACUGCUGUAUAAAGGUCAAGUGA